AUGGGGAGCGAGAACGAGCCAGCGAAACUACUGCUACCGUACCUGCAAAGAGCCGAUGAGCUCCAGAAACACGAACCUCUUGUCGCUUACUACUGUCGAUUAUAUGCGAUGGAGAAAGGAUUAAAGAUUCCACAAAAUGAACGCACUAAGACCACUAAUUCUCUCCUUGUUUCUCUCAUGAAUCAGCUCGAAAAGGAUAAGAAGUCAUUGAAAUUGGGACCUGAAGACAAUCUGUAUCUUGAAGGAUUUGCCUUAAAUGUGUUUGGGAAGGCAGACAAGCAAGAUCGUGCUGGACGAGCAGAUUUGAAUACUGCAAAAACAUUUUAUGCAGCAAGCAUUUUCUUUGAGAUUAUAACUCAGUUUGGUACACUUCAGCCUGAUCUUGAGCAGAAACAGAAGUAUGCAGUUUGGAAAGCUGCAGACAUAAGGAAAGCUUUGAAAGAAGGAAGGAGGCCCAACCCAGGGCCUCCCUCUGAUGAUGAAGAUCUUUCAAUUCCAUCAAGCACGCCUAGUGAUGGAUAUGUAUGUUUCCAUGAUCCAACGGAUCUUAGGCCUAGUGAAUCUGCUGGGAGCAAUGCUCGCCCAGAACCUGAGCCAUCACCUCAGUUCCAUGAUCAAGUUAAUGACGAGCACUAUACAAGUUCUCCACUGUCCUCUCAGUUCCCUGAGGCCAACAACCACCAUUCUGCACACAUUCCACUGCCAUCCCAGUUCUAUGACUCGGCUAUCAACCAACAAUUGACCGACAUCCCUCCGCCUUCUUCUUACCCUACUGGUGGUUAUCCUUCACAUGAUUUUCAUCCAUCUCCUCCGACAAGUAGAUCAGAGAAUUCUACAUAUUCUCAACCAUACCACCAAUCCUACUCGCAAGAACCUCUACAGCAUCUGCCACAUAAUUACCAAUCUCAUGAAACUUCCUCAUACUCUUAUCCCAACUUCCAGUCUUAUCCAAGUUUCAGAGAGAGCAGUCUCCCAUCAGCACCAUCACAUUAUCCAUCAUACUAUCAAGGUUCUGAUUCUUCAUACAGCCCCCAGUCGGCCCCUCUCACAACAAGCUAUUCAUCAACUCCACAAUACCCUUCCAGCAGCAGAAAUGGUACCAACACAGAUCCUGAACCAACUUCUGCUAAGACGUACCAAUAUGACAGCAAUUACCAGCCACCACCUGCAAAAAUUGCCGAGGCACACAAGGCUGCAAGAUUUGCAGUUGGAGCCUUGGCAUUUGAUGAUGUGUCAGUUGCACUGGACUAUUUAAGGAAAUCACUAGAAUUGCUGACAAAUCCAUCAGCUGGUUAG